AUCAAAAUGUCCCGCCACAACCGUCAUAUCUGCCGCCACACCCACCACAUCUGCCGCCACGGCCACGCGGCCCACAGCAUCCCCUUCGGCCCCAUGCGCCUCGCCCCAGUCCCCAGUCCCGUCCAACCCGGCCAACCCGCCCCCACCGCCACAGAGUGGAACUACACCCUCCAAGACUUUGAAGAACUCAUCAUAAAAUGGGGCCCUUACACGACCCUCGACCUCGUCAAAGCUGCGCCCCACUACACCAAAACCACCGUCGACGUCGACCCUUACGCCAAACUGCAGUUUCCCGAGAAGUGGGAGGCCACGGAGCGCGUUAUCCAUGCUGUGCAUCCGAUUCCGCGGGGGGAGCUUGAGAAGUUGGGGCCGAACUGCGUGAGGCAGCUUGGGGAGAGGUUGAAAGGGGGAGGGGAGGGGAGGGACGAGGAGUUUGAGGGUGCGAUGAAGAAGACGUUGGGCAGGAUUGAUGAUUGUCUUGAGUUUUAUUUUUGUGUGGAGAGGCCCGGGGCGAGGGUGGUUAGUGGAUAG